AUGCGUGCUGUGCUGCAGCGUGUGAAGCAGGCAUCGGUGCACGUGGAUGGAAAGCUCGUGUCUAGCAUCGGCCCAGGGAUUUUGGCUCUCGUGGGUAUCACGCAUGAAGAUGCCCCCGAGCAGGUCGACACGAUCGUGAAGCGUAUACUCACCACGAAACUGUGGCCAGAAGGUGCUACGAUCGGGGGGGAUUGCGUCAUUGCUCCUCAGGAGUCACGCUCUUGGCGCACUAGUGUCACAGAGCUGGGUGCCGAAAUUCUUUGUGGUAUGUUUGCGUCAAUCACAUCAGUAUCACAAUUCACACUAUACGCCAAGAUGAAAGGGACCAAACCCGAUUUUCAUUUGGCGAUGGGCGGCGACAAGGCACAGUCUUGCUAUAAUGAUUUUUUGGCCAAGCUGCGCGAUGUAUAUGUGGCCGAUAAGAUUAAGGGUACGCUGUGGAAGCUCAUGAUGUCAGAUGGACAGUUCGGCGCUAUGAUGGAUGUCUCUCUCGUGAAUGACGGUGCGUAG